GAAAUCACUCAUUUGAUGCUCACCUUGCUUUAUUAUCGUAUAAAAUUCGUGAAUCUGAUGUGAUGGACUCAGUUUAAUUUGAAAUAUACACGAAGGUUCCAAAUAAGUGUAAAAUGUUCAUAAAGGUAAUUUGUUUCGCUUCGGUCAUCGCCGCCGUGUUUGGUAAUUACGUCCACCAUGUGGCGUUUUCAGAACAAAGUAUGUCGAAACGUGAUGACCACCCAGUAGUUGUUCCAGUUGGAGGUUACCAUGGACACGGACACGCGAUUGACUAUCAUACGCAUCCUAAGUACGAGUUCGGUUACAAAGUAGUUGACACCUACACUGGAGAUAUCAAAUCUCAACAAGAACAUAGAGAUGGUGACGUCGUGAAAGGAAACUACGCAUUCCACCAACCGAACGGUGUAGAAAGAGUUGUCAACUAUUACAGUGAUGACCAUAAAGGUUUCCUGGCCGAUGUUAAAUACGGACACAUCAGUCCUCGAUACGGAAAUUAAUUAUUUAUCUGUACAAUAUGCUUAAGAGAUGAAAUGUGCAAAGCUAUAAAUAAAUAAAUAACUACUACGUAAAA